GUGUAUUGACACUGGCAGCCCAGCUGUAUUUGGCAGAAAUUGGCUAACACGUCGGAUUCGCAUAUUCAAGAGGGGAAACGACACUAUUAUUGAUGUAAAACAGUCAUUGGGAGCCGUUGUAUAAAGUUUCAUCGCAUUUUUCAAGUUUCACAAUGCCAAGCCAGGGACCACCAUUCUUUUAUCCAGAUUAUUUUCCUAACCAGAGAAUGCCAUUUAUAGAUGACAGAAUUCCUCAUCACCACCAGGGACCAGCCCUUCCUCCAAAUAUGCCUUUCAUGGCACCACCUUACGGGAAUCAAAUUCAGUUUAGGCCACCUAUGUGGGGACCACCAGCUUACAACUAUCAGAACAAUGUGGUGCCAUAUGACGAUCAGAGGCACCGCAGUAACAACAGGAAUCUCCAACCUGUUCAGGGAAAUCCCCACAACAAUUACAGAUCCGACAUGGAGGAGGAGAAAACCUGCUGUAUCUGUCACGAUCGUUUACAAAACUCAGAGGAAAGAGGAAUCCACCUGUGUGACGGGGGACAGGAGGAAAGGGAGACAACUGAGGAGGAGAAAUCAGAGUCUGAUUUCAGUGUGGAACUGCCAGAUAUGGAUGAGCGUCUUGAGAAGCUUUUGAAUGAACUAAAGGACUGCCUAAGGAACAAAUAUGAAAGUGUCACAGAAACCCUCGAAAAUUAUGUUUCAUCUCGCAUCAACAAGAUAGGAACCCUCCAUAAAGACGUCUUAGAGGAAAAGUCACAUCUUCAGAAUCUCCAAACAGAGCUCCAGACCAGGACAAAAGAACUGGAGAAAAGGGAGAAGGCUUUACGAGAAAAAGAGAGCCAACUUCACAAAGACCGGGAGAAGUUUGAUAGUGAGAUUCAGAAAGAGAAGGAGGAGAUAUGUCGUCAAUGGCAACAGCUGCGGGAUGAAAUCUCCCGAAUGGAAAAACUACAUGAAGUGCAAAAGGGGAGGAUCAAGCUAGACAUUGGGGGUGUGAUCUUUACUACAUCCAGGUUAACCCUAACCAGGGAUUCAGAGUCCAUGCUGGCAGCCAUGUUUAGCGGUCGCCAUGAGGUCCGCGUAGAAGAUGACGGCACUAUAUUUAUUGACCGGGAUGGCACCCAUUUCCGCUAUAUCCUGAAUUACCUCAGAGACGGGGGAAUCAAACUCGAUGCCCUACCAAGAAACAGACAGGUGUUGCGAGAACUCCGAAAUGAGGCAGUGUUCUAUCAAAUCCAUGGACUUGUGCAACAAAUUGAAAAACUGAUUUAAAAUGAUACUUAAAGAGGCAAUCAAUAAGCAUUUCAGAACCUUGUAAUUUAAAGUUUUUUGUUCCUUAAUACUGGAGUAUGCAAUUAAGAUGUCAGAAGCAAAUACUAUCAGGGAUGACUUAAGUAUUGAUGACUAAAUAUUUGUAAGGGUUUGAACCAGAUACCUAUAUUAAACGACAUACUGUUGGGAUUAAUGAUGUGUCAGUAUUCGCCUACAUGCAGUACUUUCACAGAGUGGCAGGAAGAAAAGACUACCAUGCAGAAGAAAGAAUGGGGUAGUUUUGAUUAAGUAGACUAGUAGUUAGAGUAAACAGACAGAUCUGUUUGUAUUACUAGACAAAAGCAAGUUAAGUAAUGUACGUGUAGUAGUUCAUUUUUUACUGUCCAUAAAAUUAAUUAGAAAAGAUCUACCAUACAGCUGGUAAGAUUUAAAUUGUCACAGGCAUAAUGAAUCAGUCUGUUUACUAAUCCAUGUAAAUCUUAAUGCAUCUUUAUAAAUCAGACUGUGUGCAUGUUUUACACUGUAUCGAUCAAGUGCUUUAUUUCUUUUGUUCAAAUGCUGUUUCUUGCUAUGCAUGGAUUUUCCCGGGGAUGAGGGAAUAAUAUAGAAUUUGUGAUCAAUAUGUCAGGGAUUCUGUUGUUUUAUGUGUAUUAAUGAGUGCUUGGAUUUCAUAUCAUUUUUAUGAAAGAUGUCUUAUAAUCAAUUUUAAAAUAAAUAUCAUAUAAUAAUAAAUUAAA